CUAUAUAUAAUGGCAGACAUGCCGAGAGACAAAGACACACACAGACAGCAGUCACUUUGUCUCACUGGAAGAGUUUUCUGUUGAAUCAGUACACGUAGUUCAAUCACCAUGUCGCAGCCAGGCGAGGUGAAGAAGAAGAAGCGUCCACCUAUGAAGGAGGAGGACCUGAAAGGAGCUCGCAGUAAACUGGGAUUAAAGGGCGAGGUCAAGAGUAAAACCUAUGAGGUCAUGGUGGAGUGUGAACGUAUGGGCAAAGUGGCUCCAUCUGUUUUCAGCAACGUGAGGACGGGAACAGAAACAGUACUGGGCAAAAAUGAAGCUGCUAAAGCUCCAGGAGCCAGUGUUUUCAACAAGUAGCAACAGCAGCAGCAGCAGCAAUAACAACCAUGGAUGUAUGUUGAGCUUACUGCUGUGUGAGCAGUUUCUGUACUGUAUCAGGUUUGUAACGUGGCUUAUAUAAGUACUGUGUCAUGUAUUUAUCAGUCAACAAAGGUGUUUUUUUUAGUUACAUUUGCUUAUUUGUUCAGUCUUUUUUUUAAUCCGACCACUUAAUAAAUUAUUUCGUCUUUUA